UCUUCUAAAUGAUUCGGUUUUGUUUCUCUAGUUUACAAUCAAUAAGUAACUUGCGAGGCUUAUCAAAAAUCCCAUCGUUGAAAAUCCAUACCAUGGUUCUUGAAUUCACAUUGCGUGCACAUAAGGAGUAUUGCAUUCUAUUUAUCUGUUCUUUGUUUCCUACCCUUCUUUUCAGUAGGUAGUGAUUUGAAGUUUCUUAUGAUUGAUUUAAUCUGUAAGGGUUUAAAGAAGAGGUUAGUCUGUCAUUUCUGUUCAUUUCUUUUUUUUUUCUUCAGAUUCACUCUACAAUGAAGUGUAAACAACUAACAAACAGAUCAUAGAAAACCUGAGUUCAUUUCUAGGUUACUUAAUCACUAGAUCCUUGGGUUAAUAUUCAAAAACAAAAAGUGAUAUGGUUAAGUGAAAUAGAGAAUAUGAAUGUUUUUGUGAGUAGUAAGUCUGUGACUGUACAAAAUGUUAGGUAGCUAUGUUAGGCUUAGAGUCUGCCCUACCUUUAUCUUUUUUCAAAUGAGUGGAAUCAAAUGACCAUUCAAUAGAACCAUAUGCAUACAAGCAUGUGUGUUUUUGUGUGUGGGGGCACUUUUUGAUCCUUGGAUUCUAGUUUAAACUGAUUUUGGUUCCUAGCAAUUAUGAUUCCUGAAUUACUCUAAUCCUUUUGUUUCUCAGUGUUCCAUAAUUGAUAACUCAAGAGUAUCUACAUGUAUUUAAACUCAUUAGCUCUUUUUGUACUCUCUUUUGCACUUUUUUCUUGACUGUUUCUUUUCAAGAAAAUGUUAAAUAGAAAAUGAGAACAGAGGGGUGGUGUUGAAUUAUUUGCAUGUGUCAUGUGUUCUCUCUGCAGAUAACCCAUUUGGGUACAAAUUUUUAUUCUAUGUUAUUUGUUUGAUUCUAUAGCAGCAUAUUUUGACUAUAGAGCCCCACUACAUAUAUAGCAAACCAAAAGAUUUUCAGAACAUUAAUUAGAAAAAAGUAGAUCGGAUCAUGAAAAAGAAAAUGGUACUACACACGCAAGUUGUUUAUUCUUCUUCCUUGGACAUUUCUUGAUUGUUUAUUCCUUCAAAUAAAAUAAAAAGACACAUUUUCUUUUAUAUAUAUGAGCCACAUUGUCCCCAUAACUUUGGAUCAAUCUGUGUCCACUUGAUAUUGUAGGCAUGUAUCUCCCCUCUCUGUGUACUUUUAUAUAUAAAUGUAUAUGCAUUACAUUACUUCUCUCCUUUGUGACAAUAAAAAGUGUAGUGUUAGCCAUUAGUGAGAUCAUCAUCUCUUCAAACUCCUUAUCUGCUCUUACAAAGUUCCAUUAAUGAUGGAGACUGUGAAGCCACUGGAUGUUGUUGCUUCAGGAAAAGGAAAACUCAGACGCGCGUUUGUGAAAGUCAUCAACGUUAAAAAGCUAACCGGUGUGGUUCCAGAAGGUGACAAAGACUUGGUGAAGAAUGCUGCAAAUCUUUCAGAGUCGUUCGACAAACUCGAGGAAGAGUAUGAGAAAAGACUCGCCAUGGAAGCUCUUCUCGCAAAGCUCUUCGCCACGGUCUCUUCGAUUAAAUCAGGCUACGCGCAGCUGCAGUACGCUCAGUCACCGUACGAUCCAGCUGGGAUCCAGAGAGCAGACAGCUUGGUGGUGUCGGAGCUGAAGACAUUGUCUGAGAUGAAACAGAGUUUCUUGAAGAAGGAGUUUGAUAGUAACCCCGAUAGAACUCUUGUCCUCGCGGAGAUUCAAGAGCUGAGAAGUUUGUUGAAGACUUACGAGAUCACUGGGAAGAAGAUGGAGUGUCAGUUGAAGCUUAAAGACUCUGAGAUACUCUUUCUCAAAGAGAAGUUUCAAGAUUUAACGAGUCAGAACAAGUUGAUGGAAAAGAGAUUUAACCAAAGCGAUCAUAAUAGUCCAACUCAUUUCGUUACUUAUCUGCAUCACACAGUCAAGUCUAUCAGAGGAUUCGUCAAAACAAUGGUUCAGCAAAUGAGAUUCUCCGGCUGGGACGUGGAUAGAGCAGCUGAUGCGAUACAGCCUGGAGUGUACUACUACAAGCGAGACCACACGUGUUUCGCCUUCGAGCAUUUCGUUUGUAAAGUAAUGUUCGAAGCGUUUCAUCUACCUUACUUCUCAACCGAAUCAUCAUCGAGUAAGAGCAGAGAGAUGUUCUUGGAGAGGUUCACGGAGCUUAGAUCGGUGAAGGUAAGAGAGUACAUAGCGUCAAGGCCCAAGUCGAGAUUCUCGAGGUUCUGCAGGGGUAAGUAUUUGCAGCUCGUGCAUCCGAAGAUGGAGGUUGCCUUCUUCGGACAUUCGCACGUGAGGAACCAAGUCUCUGCCGGGGAGUUUCCCGAGACGAGUUUCUGCGGUGCGUUUUUGGAGAUGGCGAAACGGGUUUGGCUCUUGCAUUGCCUUGCGUUCUCUUUGGAGCCCGAAGCUUCGAUCUUUCGAGUUUCUGAGGGUUGUAGAUUCUCGGAAGUGUACAUGAAGAGCGUGUCGGAAGAGUGCUUGUCGGAAUCUGAGCCGAGAGUUGCGUUUACUGUGGUUCCUGGGUUUAGAAUCGGUAAGACUUCGAUACAAUGCGAGGUUUACCUUUCUCGUUCAAAGUCAACGCCGGACAGUGGAUAGAUUCCGCCAGGGGUAUUAAGGUAAUUUUAGGUGGUGGGGAUAUUUUUGGUUUAGGGGAAAUAAAUGAGGAGAAAAUUUGCUGACCGUUGGAUUAAGGGAAGGAUUGCAGUAUGCGACUGUGCCCUCUUUUUUUUUUUUUAUACUAUUUUGUUUGUCAAUAUUUGAUCAGAGAGACAGAAGCAUCUUUGAGCUGUUCUCCAUCUAUUAUUAGUUAUCGUCACUAUCUUCUGUUUAUGUAAAUAAUUCGUAAUAAUAAGAUAUUAUUGUCAUGGACU